CGGCUCGGGGAACGCCUGGGGCCGGGGGGGGUCACAGCCAGCCAAGCCGCCCAGAGGUCCGCGGCACCGGGGGCUGCGGAGCGAGAGCUGGGCCUCCUGCGCGUCCCCUUUGUGUGGAGCACGGCUGCGUGCGGGGAGCGGGCGUGGCCGGCGGGCCGGGCGUGCAUUUCCGCGCUGCCUCGGUCCCCGGUGGGAGCGCGGCAGCGGCGGGGCGGCUCGGCUGGGCUGGGCUCGGCGCCGCGGAGAGGCACUGCUGGCCGGCCGCGCCGACGCGGGGAGGGUCCGGGAGCGCCGCCGCGCCGCGUCCAUGGACUAGCCGAGGCAGCGGAGGGACCCCGAUUACGCCGCCCGCCGCCUCGCUCUCCGCCCAACUUGGCGAAACUUAGCGAGAAGGCUCCUGCCCCGGUGCUGUGCUAUAGAAGAUGCACUAUUACCGAUAUUCUAAUGCAGAAGUCAGCUGUUGGUACAAAUACCUGCUCUUCAGCUACAACAUUGUCUUCUGGCUAGCUGGGGUGGCCUUCCUUGCAGCUGGUCUGUGGGCAUGGAGUGAAAAGGGUGUAUUGUCUGAUUUGACGAAGGUGACUGGUCUUCAUGGUCUGGACCCAGUGGUGCUUGUCUUACUGGUGGGAAUAGUGAUGUUUACUUUGGGAUUUGCUGGUUGUGUAGGAGCACUGAGAGAAAACAUAUGCCUUCUGAAGUUUUUCUGUGGAGCAAUUUUGUUUAUAUUCCUGCUGGAGCUGGCAGUGGCAGUUUUGGCUUUCCUGUUCCAGGAUUGGGUGAGGGACAGGGUCAAAGAAUUCUUUGAGAAUAACAUUAAAUCAUACCGAGACGAUAUUGAUCUCCAGAAUCUCAUUGAUUCGCUACAGAAAAUUAACCAUUGCUGUGGUGCUCAAGGUCCAGAUGACUGGGACUUCAACAUAUACUUUAACUGCAGCAGUGAAAGCAAAAGUCGUGAGAAGUGCGGCGUUCCUUUUUCCUGUUGUAUACCUGAUCCUGCUCAAAAAGUUGUGAAUACGCAGUGUGGCUAUGAUGUCAGAAAGAAGAGCAAGAGUCAAUGGGAUGAUCAGAUUUUUGUCAAAGGAUGUAUUCUUGCCCUUGAAGCUUGGUUACCCCGAAAUAUCUACAUUGUUGCAGGUGUCUUCAUAGCUAUCUCACUGCUCCAGAUUUUUGGGAUUUUCCUAGCCAGGACAUUGAUUUCUGAUAUUGAAGCUGUAAAGGCAAGUAAUGCCUUCUGAAUAUAAAAGCAGGCACGUGUUGCAAAAGAAGUGUAUUUUAUGGUAAUUGGUCAGACACCAAGGUGGAAGAAAUGCACAGACCAUGAAAUACUUCUAUUAUUAAAAGCCUUAUGUGGAUUUUACCCUGCUCAUGCUUUUUAUUAGAAACUGGUACAAAAGAAUCUCAGAACACACACCUGUCUACCUUUUUUCUAACGAGACAACUCAGUGCAUCAGCAUUGAUCUCCGAGGAAGAAAUGGAAUUUCACAAGACAUUGGCGGAACAGAUUUUGAAGAUUGUAGCAAGGAGAUGUGAAACUGCUCUAAACUUUCCUUGAAAGAUUACCAUGAAAAUUGUCCUGUUUUCACUCCCAACUGUCAUCAAUCUCAAAAUGUAAUCUUCUCAGAAGGCGUGCUGAUUUCUUCAGAAUCUUGAAAUCGUUUUAAUCUCUACAGUAAGCUCAUGCAGUCAUUUUUUGGCAAGACACCCAGCAACCAUAAUUGUCAUGGUAUUGGAAAUUGGAUAAAGAAAGUCACAAAUUCUUUAGUUGCCUUUCAGUUGUGCAGAAGUAGGGAUAUUUCUGUUUAACUGAGAAUAAUGCAGAUGUCUCAAGGAGCAGGAAUUUGUGCUCCGCAUCAGAGUUUGAAUAAUGCAUGUUUUGAAAAUGCAGGCAUUUUCUCAAGAGGAGAAAACCUGACUAUCUGUAGCAUUAUAUGUUAGAAAUCUCCAUUUCAAGCAAGGGGGUGUGAACCCCUGAUGCUGCUUCCUGUGCGAAAAAAAAUGUAUAUAUUCCUUAUUUAUAGAAGAAAAAAACUCAUUAAAAAUGCUUAGCUUUCUAUUGAUCAGUAAUAUCUUUAAAAAGUGUUGUCUGCAGAAAUUUCAAAAUGCAGCUUGUUUCAGUAAGUAGAAAGCAUGGUAAGCUAGCUGUUGAUGGUUUUUGCCUUUCCUCUAGUUUCUCUCAACUGCUGUCUUGAUCUUCACAAGUCCUAACUGCUAAUAUCAGGACUGAUCAAAAACAUUUAAAUUCAACACCGAUCCCUACUGAAAUCUUUUAUUAAUGACAUAUGCAUUUUGUGAAAUAUUAGAGUUGCUGAAUUUUAAAAUUUUCUGUAAAGCUAUUGAAUCAUCAGUUCUGCUUGUAUUUUGAUACAUUGUUCAAACGCCAGUCACAAUAUGGUGAAUCAGAAUUUCUUCACAGUAAUUUUCUACAUCAAACAGAACUAUUUCUGCUGAAGUCAGUUUUUUAUUUUUGUCAUAAGUAAACAACUCUCUUCUUCCUGCCCUCCCUUCUUGGCCGUUCAGUAGAUGGAUUUGUAGUUCAGGAAGAGUACUAGUCUUCAUUAAAAGACUUGGGCAUGGUAUUUUUAGCUGUAAGAUAGAAGUAUGUGGAUGAAAAGUUCUUGGAAGUAGCUGUAGCUGUCAGUUUUACUGCGGGCCAUAUAACUAACACUGUUUACUGCUUCCACCAUUUUUUUUUUCCAGGGAGAGCAGGUUUAUUUACAGUGCCUAACAUAGUGUAAAUUUUAGUAAAGUAUAUAUUUUUAUAAUGAAAUUUUACUACAUGUAGUCUGCCUGAAGGAUUUAAUAUUUGUAUUUCCAAAGUAUAUGUCUUUCUUAGGAAGCCAAACUUUUAAAUAUCCCCCUAAUGUCCUUUUUUCUAGUAUGCAUGUAUUAAUGAACAUUUCACUGGCAGAAGCUGAUCAACAGUAAGAAUCUUUGUAUUGAUUGUCCGGACAUCCUUUUAACUUUUAAUCUGUGAAGAAUUUCACAGACACUGCUGUACUUCUCAUGUGUACUUCAGUUCAGCUUUCAUAGUUCUUUUUUUUGGCCAGUGAUUGAGACAACAGGAAAAGGAAGCUUGUCUAAGGAUGGCUGAUUUCCUUACAGUAGCAGAGAACAGUCUGCUAUUACUCAUCUGAAAACCUGAAAGUAAAAUUGCUAGAGGUGCACUGUGAUUUUUUUUUUUUUUUAUUAUUAUUAUUAUUUUUAGCUUUGAUAUACAACAAGGAAACAAUAGCAGUAGAUCACUGAGGAGAGAGCGAGAGGCAUUUCUCUAUAAAGCUUUGAAUUUGAGGUCUGUAUUACUUUAUAUGUUGAUUCUAGUCCAUUAGAGGCAGCCAGAAAUUUGCUGCUGUGGCUGCUAGUUUGCAAGCAGCAAAGCAGUGUCUAGCAACCUUUGUUUAAACUCUGAUGCUUGAAACUUUACACUGCCUCAUGAACCAGUUUACUCUGUUAACGUUAUGGGUGAUAAUCUGGUGUAUGUAAAAUUGGAGAAGGAUGCUUUCUAUUUGUAACUUUUUAUUUGUAAAACAUUGCAUGGAAAAUUGCAUUUAGGGAAUACAUUUCCCUAUGCCACAGAAAGCUCCUAAUGCUGGGAAGUAAUUUCAGCAGUUGGUGAAAGUCAUCAUGGUGUCAAAGAUAUCUGUGGAGUUCAUGCACUGAAAUUAGCAGCUGACAAGAGCCAGUAUCAUGGUUCAGGAUUCCAGUGUCUACAGAUCUUGCCAAGUUGCCUGAAGACAAAUGAGUACUUGGUUUCUUUUUGAAGUGCUGUUUGUAUGCAAAAUAUAAUUUAAUUGAAAUGUUGUCUUUCCACAAUUUGUUCUUAUUGGCUUUGACCAUAUUAACACUAGCUUUGUAUCAGUGAUCCAGUUGUUUGGAACUGGAUUCAGGAAAGCAAGUUCAACCAACCUGUUUGAGGAUCUUUGAAUUCAUGGAGUGAUUUGUUUUCACUGUGUAUAAACUUCUCUGUGGUUAUUCAGUAUCACUUUUAAAACCCUGGGGCUCUAGGCUGGUUUACACUAAGACAUUCUGAAGUGCAUCUCCAUUGAUUGUACACAUAGGUAGUGUAAUUCCAGACUUGGAAUGGGAAUACUUUCUUACCACUUUCUACUUAAUUAUACUUAGGACCUUCUCUGUGGACCUGCAGUGACUUCAUGGCUAAAGGUUUAGGUUGUGGUUUAUGAAAGUCUUGUCAGCAAAAGCAGUUGGGUGUGAACCUGCCUCUAAAGCUUUGAAGGAGAAGCAAUUCAAUGAUCUCGCAGAGAGGUUUGGUAAAUUGUUGAUGUUGAGAUUUCAGUGGUUGCAUUUGGAACAACUCCACAAACACUACAAUGGAAAUAAGUUUUUUACUGAAGAUGUCAAAUAUGAGAUUGGACUUGAAUAACUAGACUGAGAGAAGGAAACUUCAGUGUGAUCACUUUUAUUUCUUGGAAAUGAGCACAAUUUAUUUCUGUGAAGCAAUGUAUUUAUUUGUCAGUAUGCUUGACAGUGCAACUGCCCUUUUGUUUCUAUAAAUAUACCUGUAUUUGGACAUUUUCCGUGUAUGUGAAGAGGAGGAUGAGUAUAAGCACUGAAAAAAGUGCAGUGACCAAAGGAGCUACAGUUGCCUCCUGAAAACCUUAAUAUUUCUUCCCAAGGGGUCUUUAGUUUGGGGACCCUCAUACAGUGCCACGUGGAUAGACUUGUACCUCCUCCAGUCCAUUAAAGCUGAUGUGGCAAUUGGCUUGUAUGUAGAAUUGCCUUGGGUUUUGACUCCCCAUUCCAUCCUUUGCUCUUCCUUCCCCCUACCACCUGUGGGUUAUCACGCAGCUUGAAUGUUGUUUAGGCAGUGGAAGGGGAGCAUUCUGUCUCUUUGUCUGAGAUGGCUUUUCUCAGUGACUUUCAGUAUAUUUUUUUUUCUCAAGCCUUACAUUUGAUUAAAUAAAAUCUAAUGUUUUGUA